AGGAAAAGACCGGCGGCCAAAUCCGCCAUCAUCACAUGCACGCACAACAAGAGGCUUCGCUUCGUGGUUUCGCUCUCUCGCUCUCGCUCUCGUUCUCGCCGGGUCGCGCGUCUUCUCCGCCAUCCCGUCCCUCGCCGAAUCCUCUCCCCGCCGUCUCCUUCCCGCAUCCGGAUACCAUGUGCGACGAGGGAGAAAAGACCUGUCCUCUUUGUGCUGAGGAGAUGGAUUUGACGGAUCAGCAAUUGAAACCUUGCAAAUGUGGAUAUGAGAUAUGUGUUUGGUGUUGGCAUCACAUAAUGGACAUGGCAGAGAAGGAUGAAACAGAGGGGCGUUGCCCAGCAUGUCGAGCCCCUUAUGACAAGGAGAAGAUUGUAGGGACGGCUGCAAACUGUGAGAGAUUGGUGGCUGAAAUUAAUACAGAGAAAAAAAUGAAGUGUCAAAGGGCAAAGACAAAAUCUUCAGAGGGGAGAAAGCAAUUGGGUAGUGUUCGGGUGAUACAACGGAACCUUGUGUACAUAGUCGGCUUGCCUCUUAACUUAGCAGAUGAAGAUAUUCUUCAGCGGAGAGAAUACUUCAGUCAGUAUGGGAAGGUUCUUAAAGUAUCUAUGUCCCAGACAGCUACUGGUGCCAUUCAGCAGUUUCCAAACAACACCUGCAGUGUAUAUAUUACUUUCUCAAAAGAGGAGGAAGCAGUCCGUUGUAUUCAGUCUGUUCAUGGGUAUGUGUUGGAUGGUAGACCAUUAAGGGCAUGUUUUGGAACCACUAAGUACUGUCAUGCAUGGCUUAGAAAUGCGCCCUGCACCAACCCAGAUUGUCUCUAUCUGCAUGAGACUGGGUCUCAGGAGGAUAGCUUCACCAAGGAUGAAAUAAUUUCAGCAUACACAAGGACUAGGGUCCAGCAAAUGACAGGCAAUGGCUACUGUAUGCAAAGGCGCACUGGAAGUGUAUUGCCACCUCCAUUUGAUUAUAACUGUAACAGCACCUUGCCUUCUGCCACAAAACCAAAUAUCAAUAAUGCUUCAAAUAAUGCAGCAAACGUGAUUAAAGUUUCUCUACCAAAUGGAACCACUACUAGGUCGGCUACUCUUCCUGCUGCAGCUUCAUGGGGACAGCGUGCUCAAGCUGCAACUUCAGAAUGUUCUGAUAGACCAUACAAAGAGAAGUCUGCGAUGGCUAGUGGAGUAUCCAUAACUGUAGUAGGUGCAGAUACAGCUCAACAUUCUCCACCGCAUGGUGAUGGGGUGAAAAAGCCACCCUUGAAUGAUCAAAAUUGUAUAGCAGCUAAAAUUAUGUUGGGCUCAUCAAGUUGUUCAAAGCAGCACAAUUGUAUAGAGUCCGACCUCUCUUUGUCAGUUAAACCUGCUGCAGCAGAUGGGACUACGGCUACUGAUAUUACAGGUGGCAGGUUAUCCGAUUUAAUAAGUAGCAAGGAAGGUAGAAACAUUAGUAGCAUGCCCCAGAACACUGUAAAAUCUGCCAGGAGCACUUGUGAAUCAGCUAGUACUUAUGCAGAGAAAGAAGAACAUGCUCAAAUUAAUGGUAAGAAUAAGAAAUUGUGCUCUGACGUAUCAUCAUUAAGUGUGCAUGGAAAACUCCAGGGUGAAUCAUCAGGCAGUCCAGUGCCUACCUUUUGCAUCUCUGAUCCAGGAUGGAUUGUAUCAAUGGGGAAUCAGAGUAUACUGCAACAAUCAUGCGUGGAUAACUAUAAAGAGUCUUUGCCUUUGGCAGUGGUCAGCAAUGUUCCAUCCAACAGGGACAGGGAGGUCUUUUUUCCGACUGAUCGAUUGCCAACUAUGCAUUCUCAAGUUGAAGAAGAUGUAUUAUGUUUCAAUAAUCGAAGACUUGAAGAUCCAGAAGUCUUUGAUUAUUCAACUUCUUUCUCUACUUCUGGAAAUCUGUCUCAUGUGUCAAAUUGUUCCACAUCUCAUUCUUCACAGCAUAGUGAGGUGGUCAAUAUCAAUAAUUUAAGUGCCAGUUUAAUACCUGUAGAUAGUAAUAUGGAAGGAAGAAGUUCAGCAAUAUCUAGUCGAAACCUUGAAAAGAUGGUAAAUGAUCGUGCGGAUUUGGAUAGAACUUCUGAAGUUAGAGAGAGGCAAUUUGGAAUGUUGCAAGGCAAUGGAUCUAAAGUUGAGAUGCACAAUUCUUUAAAAGCAGGUGAAAGCAGUAUGAUCUCCAAUAUCUUGUCUCUGGAUCUUGAUUUGUGGAGUGACUCAUUGUCCUCACCUCAGCAUUUGGCUAAUCUUUUGGGUGAGUCAGACAAGCACGAAGGUUCUGUUAGAUCUUCGAGUUACCGAAAAGUUCAAAACAGCAACCAGUCCAGGUUCUCUUUUGCCAGACAAGAAGAAUCAAUUACUCAUGCAUUUGAUGUCAACCCACCUUUUACUAUCACUGAGCAGAUGCCUAGAAACAGAUCUCUUGAUGAAGAUUUUGGUAAAAAUUGUCGGUCAUACUCACAUAAUCCUGUGGUUGUUAAUGGGUCUCUUUCGAGAUUUGAGGAGGUAGGCAAUCGUGCUGCCUCUCAAUCAGUUCUCUCAUCUGGUUCAAGAUCUCAAAUUUCUGCUCCACCUGGUUUCUCUGUUCCCAAUAAAGCACCUCCACCAGGGUUUUCUUCUCAUGAGAGAACUGAUAGGAAUUUUGACACUUAUUUGGGGAACCAUUUGCCUGACAUCAACUUGUUGAGAAAUUCAUAUCAGACACAACCAAAUGCGAGUGUCAACAGUACAGGAGACAUUGAAUUCAUGGAUCCUGCUAUUUUAGCUGUUGGCAGAGGGACGAUUCAAGGUGGUUUCAAUAGCCCAUCAUUCGAUCUUGGGUCAUUAUCUCAACAACUGAAUACUUUGGACAGUGAUGCUGGACAUAAUUUAUUAAUGAAAAGAUCUUUUCCUGCACACUCGAAUUUAAGAUAUGAGACAAGUGCAGGUUAUGCUUCUCUUAAUAAUUCCUUUGACAUUGCUUCGAGGAUUUUUGAUCAGUCACAAAUGGGAAAUGUAUCAUCUUACACGCAGCUUUCUCUCCAAAGGAGUAUGUCCAAUGGCCGCUGGAGUGGUCGGAACACCAUUCCUGGUGGAGAUGGUGUGGUUAUGGCUGAGUUGCUUAGAAAUGAGAGGCUUGGAAUUAAUAAGAUCUGCGACAGUCUUGAGAAUCAGAAGUAUUGCAUGCCUAGUUCAGGGGAUCUGUGUAACAGAUCAUUUGGGAUGUGAUUUCCAUGAAGUGCAAUGUUUGCUGAUUGUUUGUGAGGGCUGUUGUUUAUCCAUUUUGUGCAAGAUAUUACCUUACUUGAGAUGGGACAGAAUCUUGACAGCUCUCACUGGGCCUAUUGAGGGAUAGAACUUUAGACAUUUGGCGGUCUUCAUGCUCGGCAGGUAAAUGUACGGCAUUUGCAUCAGAAUUAUUCUUUGAACCCAAUACUGUUGGAGUGUUGGGACUUAAAGCAUGCGGGCUUCUGAGGACUCGUGAUUUCUGCCAUAGUUUAUGUGCCAAACACGAAAGAUUAGCAGUGCAGUGCGCUGUGUAAUCAAACCUGGCUGGUUAGUUCACGUGUGCCCUUUGCUGAUCGCUGUUGAUAUAUGCAGACAUUGAUCUCAACCCUCUUGUCCCGGGUAACAAUUUAUGUGGGGCAACAAUGCAGCAGGAGAUAUCGAGUAGGAAAUGGACUGUGAGAAUGAAUGUUCUCUUUGGUGUUGGAUUGUUUGCUUCAGUCGGCCUCUUGAGCACUUCCCCUUGGCCUUCUUAUCACCAACAUCAGGAGGUAGUCUGGAUUUCUGAUGGUAGCUCAUGCCCAAGCUACGGUUUCUGUCUGCAGUCCUAGGGAGCGAUGCGUUGCUUUUCACUUAUUUGCAUUAGCUCCUUGUUAUACUAGUGGAACGGAUGGAAAUUCUUGUCAGUUUGUCCAUGUUUAUGUUAAAUUGAUUACCCCUGAAAUGGUGCAAGACCGAUUCAGUACCGGUUGAGUUCACUAUGUCAUGUUGCUGGCAUCACAUCGUUAAGACGUUUUCUUUGCUGAAAUAUAUCAUGGAAUCAUGUUUAAGACGA